GGCAAGCUGAGGUGCGCUGCUGAUGCAAAUGCUCAGGAAUAAGACGGUCUUCAUCGCUUGGGUUCCGGUGGGCACGACGCUCAAGCUGUGCAUGAUGUAUGUGAGCACGAAGGAACAGCUAAGGAGGGCUCUUGAUAUCGGUCCAUCCAUACAUGCCAAUAGCUUAGAUGAAAUUGAGUGGGGGGCUGUGUUGCGCGAGGCUAGUGGAGGGAAAGCCUAAGCUGCGACGAGAAAGCGAACCAACGAGGUUACAGGUUUGGAAAAGGUCGCCCUACCGCGGGCUCUCAAGGUUCUCGAACCGACCUGGGCGCCGAAGAUAGGA